UCCUACAUUGCACAUCCGGCAAUGAACUGGUUAGACGAUUAUAUUGAUUGGAUGUUACCGCAUGGAGAUCCACCGUGUUGUAGAGUCUUCUCGAAUGGUUCAUUUUGUGCCGCUAACGGUACGGUCGAUUCUUCCUCAUUCUGUGAUCUUCAGAUAAUUUGA